UAUAAAAAGGUUCGGGUUCACAGUCCGGAAUAUCAUUGAGUACUCCAGCUCAAGCACUCCAGAAACCACCAUGAAGGUCUUCAUUCUUUUCGCUUUAUUCGCCGCCUCUCAGGCCGCCAUCUUGCUCGGUGGAGCAAGUGAACAGUACAGAAGCGAGGAUGGUCUUGGUACCUACUCCUUCGGUUACAACGAGGGUCAUGGAAGCGGUGCCACAUUCCGCAAAGAAACCGGAUCUCAUGGCGUUGUUGCCGGAUCAUACGGACUCAGUGAUGCCGAUGGUCGCCGACGAGUUGUCAACUAUGUUGCUGAUGCCGCAGGAUUCCGUGCUGACAUCAAGACAAACGAACCCGGUGUUGAGCCCAAAGACCCAGCUCACACUGCCAUCAACAAGGCCGUCGUCGCCGCCCCAGUUCUUGCACAUGCCGCCCCUGUUCUCCACCAUGCCGCUCCCCUUCAUCAUGCCCCUGCUGCCUUACAUUAUGCCGGCCAUCCUUUGGGAGCUUACAGCUACAGCACGGCCGUAGGACAUAAUGGAGCUGCAUGGGCCCCUCAUGGUUUGGGCCAUUAUGCCUACCAUUGGUAAAUUUAUCCCAAAUGAACUGUGACGGAACUUUUGAAUUUUAUCGUGCCAAUUGUUGAGGUUUCUGUUAACGCAUCUGCUCAAAGGGUGCUUAGCUUUUGUGUGUGUGAAGAUGGGAAAAUAAAGUGGUUUUAUUUUUAAA